AUCUCCUCUUCUGAUGUCACAAAUCCAUUCUUCGCUGAGGGAAUUGAUUAACAUUCAUUGGGAGCCUUCGGAGAAAGGGAGAGAAAGGCAGAGAGAGUACAGAAGGGGAAAGGGUGGCUAGCUGAUUCUUCCCAUCCCAGCUACAUAGAAAGUUGGGGCACAAUUGGACACAAAAUGGCUAUUUUAUAACUGGGGUCCUUGGUGACGUAUGGCUGAGUGUUUCCUGGCACAAAUCUUUAUGGACCAGUAAGCAGAGCGAAAUUGAAGCUGACAAGACUUUUUGCAUUUUGGAAAGGACUGUAAUCUGCUGUAGUGAAGAACAGAGCCACUCAAUCACUGCAGCUGUAAAUAAGACAGAAGGGAAUAAGAGAGAAAGAAAAGAGAAAAAGUGUUUGCUGGGGGGAGGGGGGAGAAAGCAUUUUUGGUGGAUGGUAUGAAGCCAGCCAUGGAAACUGCAGCGGAGGAAAAUACAGAACAAAGCCAAGAGAAAAAAGUGAUCACCAGACCAGAAAUGGAAAUUGGCAGGUACCACUGGAUGUACAAGAGUUCAAGGCCACACCAGUACCAUCAUGUGCCAGCAUUGAGAGGCAAUAUUAGCCCUUUGGGGAAUCAAGGUUGCUUUGAAUGUUGCAUUAAGUGCCUGGGAGGCGUUCCAUAUGCUUCACUUGUGGCAACCAUUCUCUGCUUCUCUGGGGUAGCAUUGUUUUGUGGCUGUGGUCAUGUGGCUCUCACUGGAACUGUAUCUAUUCUGGAACAGCAUUUCUCCACAAACACCAGUGACCAUGCUCUACUGAGUGAAGUAAUACAGCUAAUGCAGUAUGUAAUCUAUGGCAUUGCAUCAUUUUUUUUCUUGUAUGGAAUAAUCCUUUUGGCAGAAGGCUUUUAUACAACAAGUGCAGUGAAGGAACUGCAUGGUGAGUUCAAAACGACCGCCUGUGGCCGAUGCAUCAGUGGAAUGUUUGUUUUCCUCACUUAUGUACUUGGAGUAGCCUGGCUUGGUGUCUUCGGCUUCUCUGCUGUGCCCGUCUUUAUGUUUUAUAACAUAUGGUCAAGUUGUGAAGUCAUCAAAUCACUCCAGACAAAUAUGACAGCUUCAGGAGACCAGAUCUGCGUGGAUAUCAGGCAAUAUGGCAUCAUCCCCUGGAAUGCUAUACCUGGCAGAGCUUGCGGUCCGGUUUUAGAGAAUAUCUGCAACACAAAUGAGUUCUACAUGUCAUAUCACCUGUUCAUUGUGGCCUGUGCUGGAGCUGGUGCCACUGUCAUAGCACUGAUCCACUUCCUCAUGAUACUGUCUUCUAACUGGGCCUACUUAAAGGAUGCAAGCAAAAUGCAGGCCUACCAGGAUAUCAAAGCAAAAGAAGAGCAGGAGCUUCAGGAUAUCCAGUCUCGGUCAAAAGAGCAACUCAAUUCUUACACAUAAAUGUUUGCCAGGGUAAUUCCACUGAAGAAUUUUUGUAGCUCUGACAAAUCAGCAAACAGCUGCUCUGCAGUUCAGAUUUAUGUCCAAACAAACAUAGAAGUGUAAAACUUCAUAUUUAAGUUCCUGGGACAUGUUCAAAGAGAAACCUUCCAGUGUGUAACAUUCCUUCGUUUAAUACAGAGAUUGGAGGUUUCAUUCCCGGCAUUUUAAAAGGCAACACUUUGCAACAAGUGACCAAAUAAUUCAUCCUUGUAAGACUUUGCUAUGCUAGCAUUUGGCCAGGAUUCAAUCUUGUGUUGUAAGUUCAGAAUUGCAGCAGAUGAUCAAGACCAGCAGGUAGCAGAUCAGAAGCCGUAUACACUUUGCACAGGCAUACUUACAUAAUUUAACAAGACUCCUUGGUCUGUGUAACAUGAAAUAGGGGCUAGCUCAGAUUUCUAAUAGCUCAUGUUUGUUUAAUGUCAGUUUCAGCCUUUCCAUAAACCAGACUUCCAAAAUGGCAGUCUUUCAAAUUGCUAUUCUCAUGGGCUAAAUGACUGAUGUCCACUGAGCAACAGCCUUAUCUCCAGUGUGCCACAGUCAUUAUUCUGUACUUACUACCUGGGUAAACUACAUACUGAUUAGUUGAUUGAGUGUCCUGAGGCUAAUUUUUAAUUAUUUGAUAGAAUGUAAACCCUUAAGUCAGGAUAAUGAUCACCUUCUUAGAAAAUAAAUGUCAGCUUGGCCUUAAAUAUUUAUUUUCUAUAAAUGCCUUAGCAUUUAUAUAGUAGCAGGAGACCAUUAUCCUGUGUUUUUACGUGAAAAGUGUUACCUUAUUAAAAUGACACUGAUUUGACUUUUGCAAAUGAGCAGAGUAGUAAGUUUGCAGAGUUUCAUGCAAAGUGUGUAAAACAUUACAGCCAUAAAGUAGAACACAAGCUGGCAACCUUUCUCUACUUCGGUGCUUCACAAAUUUACAGCCAGUGCUUAUUCAUUUUCUCUUCACUAAUCAGAUAUUGCAACAAGAAAAUGUGGUGUUUGGCAAAAAAUACCUGGUGCCAUAUUGAAGUAAUUUUCCACAGAAGUCUGCCUUCUAAUUGUUUUUUUUCAGAACUAUCCAGUGAUAUCUUGAGUAUUAGUGAUGGUAUAUUUGGUGUUUGUUCUUUACAAUAUUAUAUAUAUAUAAAUAUAAAUGUUGAAGAAAACAAAUACAGUCAUUUGAAAAAAAAUAGUAAAGUCAAGUCCUAUGCCCAUGUUAAGUUAACGUGUGGUUUGAUAGUUUUGACUGUUUGCUGAAUAUUAAAUAAAAGGAAGCACAAAUUUCUUUAGGUAAGUCCAUAUUAUAUGGAGACAUUUUCAGAUAUGAUCUGCAAUUGAAUUUUUGGUUAAAUACCUAAAGUCUAAUUUGACAGUUUAAAAAAUGAGGCAGUCUAUGUAGAGCAGAUACGACAAUAGCCUAGUGUUUGUUUUACCUGUUGCAUGAAGGAGACAUUUCUACAGCAAUGCAGGUGAUGUUCUAGCCCAGUGUUUGCAUAAGGGUAAUGAAGGCAGUGUCUUAAAGCCUAAUUCUUUUCUAAUUCAAUGUAGCUAUUACUGGGAGUUUUUGAAGUUUUGUUUAAGUAGUCUAAUAUUUUUAUGUAAAGAGCAUUAAAUUUUGCUAUGUAUAAAUUUUUGUAACCUAACAGUGAAUCAAUAUUUUCUAUCAGUGCCAAGGGCUUCCUGUAGUUAUAUCCAAGUGUUACAAUAAAUAUUUGUAGAUAAUAGA